AACGCUGGCGGUUAGUUGUGCGAUCGUCGGAGAGCAAAAUAUCCGCGAGUCUUGUCGAGUAUCACUAUAGUUGAUCAAAGAGAUAUUUUAGAGGAGUUGACGAGAGCGUGAAUUAAUAAUAUCCUGUCGGAUGGUACUGGAAUAAUCGUAUUGUUUUUUGGUGAGACACUUGCGGAAUAUACGCAUACGAACGUGGCUAAGGGAGCUCCUGUGACGCGGAGUAUGCUCUUUGUCAGUAUUAGGGAUUAAAGUUCUAGUCAAAGAAGACAGAAUGCGCCUGUUUAAACGACGUUGUUCGGAUCCUAGUCCGCAGCUCGUGUCCGCCACGCCGAUACCUCAGGAUGGUGCUCUUGCGAUGAUCUCUAAUGAGAAUGAGACGGCCGAGAAAUUAUCGCAGAAUGAAAGCGACUCGACCACGAGGACGUCGCAAACCGAGAUCAGGGAUGCUGAACAACAACCGGCUGUUCAGUCUUCGUCAUUUUCUGCUCGCAAAGGAAUUUCUACAUGGGGUCGAAAAGUUGGUCGAAGAUGGGAUCAGCUUAAGAGAUCAGAUAGUUCGGAAUUACUUUCCGUAUCAGGACGUAGACGGCGUUGGAGUCCAAAUCGAAAAAGUUGUAGUGAUGCUGUGGAUUUUAAGGAAAAGAGUCUGAAUAUCUCCCUGUCACCGGAAUAUCCCAAGCCAAAGAGAAUCUCCAGAGUAGAAUCUCUACGCAAUUUAUUCAGGACAAGCGAAAGGAAUAACAACUUCAUUGGCUCCGAAGCAAGUUCUAGGAACGUUACUAUUGAAGAAGAGGAUACGAUAAGCUCCAAUAACUUCGCUAUGGACAGAGCCCUAAGCGAUAGCGUCAUCAAGGAUACAUCUUUUCGCAUCUCAUCAGACACUGGUGCAGGUCGAGAAACGCUUCACGAGAAGAAGAAGCAGCUCAGCCGUAGCAUUCAGGAUCUUCAGGAGCAGCAACGCGUUCUGGACUUCAUCUUGAAAAACCAGGGGCUACUGAGAACUCAAGAGGGGACUGAUUUUGCUCGGCAGACACUGGACACUAUCAGGAGGAGUAUCAGUCCGAAGAGACGACCUGUUUCAUUAUCCGUUGAUCUCAACAAGAGCGACGCCUCUACCCAGACUCAGGAUCAAGCGUCCACUGUAAAAAGAAAUUUAUUUAGUACAACCGUCAGAAGUUGUAGCGACACUGACAGGAAUGACGUACGAAGAUUUUAUGCUGUUACUGGUCUCGAGGAUCUGAUGACGAACUUAAGAUUGGGAUGUGAUGAAAGUGGCUAUGAUUCCGAUAGUACAAGGACUGGCGCGGAUUCCCCUGAUAGUGGAAAAUCAGUACCACCGAUGUUACAACGACGAAGCUUCUCGAUUACUUCUGACGAUUAUCAAGGAGUUGAUUUAUCUAUAACAAUUAGCACCCCUAAGAAAAAGGACGCUACCACAGGAAUGGACGAUUCAGUCGAAUCCAAUUUAGAAGAGACUGUGGUGAACAUGAACAAUUCUUUAACUGAGACUGUUCGUACUGACACCACCAUACUGUCGUAUGACGACGACACAGAUAGCUGCGACGAGGACACUUUCGAGGCAUUUAAUGACACGCAACUAACGGCAUAUUUCACACAGCCUCCCGUGCAAUCGACUGCCGUUAACGCCAUGUCACAUUCUAGUAAGGAUGCCUCGAAACCAACUUCAGUCAUCAUGGGAAUAAACAGUUCCACGUCGAAUAUUGUUACUAGAACAAAUCCUGCCCACUGUACACCUGUGAAGAGCUCACCGGUUAGUCUAGAAGACUCCAUGCCUCUUUUACAGCGAGUGAGACUUAGGAAUCUUCACAAGGACAAUAAGGAUCAGGCGAGCAGAAAGGAUCGGCGGAUCUCCAAUAGCAGUGUCCUAAAUCUCCUGGACAAUGCAGCUUCACCCUGCAGAGACAGUCCACCAGCAACUAAGGUUCAACCUGCAGUCAUAAUGCCUGAUCCGAUUCAAUAUUAUAGUCCAAAGAGAUCACGUUCGAAUAUGGAGCCAGAUGCGGUUGAGAGUGAGUUACGCAAUAAGAUUAAAAGACCAGAGUAUUCGAAUCCUUCAAUGCCACCACCGACAGUCUCGAAACGUCUAGUGCGUCGAGAAUUGAAGACGACAAAACUUUUUGUUGAGAAUUCUGGAAGUUUAGGUAUCUCAGUAGAGAGACACGAGGCUGCAAGACCAUUUUACGUAAUCUCUAAAUUGGAUCCCAAUGGAGAAGGUGCGAAAUCUAAACAAAUUCGUGUGGGGGACGAGAUCGUUAGGGUGUGCGGCCGUAGGCUUCGAGGGAUGUCAAUAAUAGAAGCAAGAAACGCCCUGAAAAAUUGUGCUGGAUCGAUCGAGCUCCAAAUAGCACGAGAGCCAACAUUUUCAUUUGGGGGAGAAUUUGGUGAUACUUGGGGUGACGUACUUGUGCGCACCAGGAGUGAUUCUGAAGUAUGGGCUCUCAAGGAAUCAUCUGAGGAUACGUCUACUGCUACGGAUAUUCCUGAUCAGGAAGCAAUGAGCGAUUGUUCGGCUUGUGAAAUCGUUGGUGCACUUACUAAGGAUGGGAAGAGCGUCUCAGUCAACACGAUGGAUCGUUUGGGCGAAUGCGAGGAACCGAAAAUUGAUGAAAGUCAAAAAGUAACGGGGAUGAAAAAAUUUCAAGUGGUGAAGAAGCGCAAUAAUCCAAAUGUAUUGCCUUAUCCUAGAAGAGCCACUAGUUUGUCUAUGGAUUUGAUCACUAUCUGUCUGGAAAAGGGGACUACAAAGAAAUUGGGUUUCUCCAUUGUUGGUGGUUCAGACAGCAACAAAGGAAGAAUGGGAAUUUUUGUAAAAGAUAUCAUGGCGAGCGGUCAGGCUGCCGAGGAAGGAACUUUGAGGGUUGGCGAUGAGAUACUUGCCAUUAAUGGUAUUCCUAUGGAUGGACUGACACAUGCUAAAGCCUUACAAACCUUCAAGGCUGCAAAACCUGGAAAAAUGAUUCUCCACGUUGGCAGACGUGAUCCGACACACAAACGGUUGUUUCAUAGGCGAUAAAUUUCGCUUUAUUUAAAAAAAAAUGUUAACUGUAGGUAUAUCGUUCAGUCAAAAUCCUACGAUUGUCUGGAUAGACUUACAGAGAGUGGAGAAGAAUAAAAAUGUUAAAAAUGGACAUAGUCGUUUAGUGAAAAGAGCUAUUAAACGAUUUUUCGACGUAAAGUACAUGUA